AUGGGCUACACGGACCCGACUUUCAACCGGGAUCUGCUGGGGAACCGAAGUUUGCUUUUCAUUUUCAUCUGCGCUUUCGCCGUGGUCACUUUGCUGCAGCAGAUCCUGUACGGGAGAAACUACCUGAAGAGUGAGCCGCACUUUAGCUGGCAGAGUGAUGAGGAACGGGCGAACUGGACCAACAGCUCCAAUUUCAUGGAUGGCGGAGCUCUGAGGAGUGGAAGUGGCGCAGGCAGCAGGUACUUUGAAUAUUAUGACGGACCUUUUGAUUACAACUCUACAAAAUGUCUGGAUCUAAGGCGGGAAAUAAUGGAGCUGAAGGUGCUGACGGUAGCGAGGCAGACGGAAUUGUUUGAAAGGUGGAAGAACCUUCAGAUCUGCAAGUGGGAGAUGAAUAUCACGGAGGCCAACUUCUUCAAGUCUACUCUGUCCAGAUGCUGCAGUGCACCAGCUUUCCUCUUCACCACACAAAAGAACACACCCCUGGGAACAGACCUGAAGUAUGAAGUGGAUACCAGCGGGAUUUUCCACAUCAACGUCGAAGUAUUCAGAAUGUUUCCUAAGGAGAUGCCCUAUUCCCGUUCCCAGUUUAAGAAAUGUGCAGUGGUUGGAAACGGAGGAAUUUUGAAGAACAGCGGAUGUGGCCAGGAGAUCGAUGGUGCCGAUUUUGUCUUACGAUGCAAUUUGCCUCCCAUAUCGAGGAAAUACGUGGCAGAUGUUGGUGUAAAGACUAACGUCGUGACAGUCAAUCCCAGCAUAAUCAUGGAAAGGCUCUGCCUGCCCUUCUCCUACCACUCUUUCCCUCUUGCAUAA